GAGGGGGCGAUAAAAUGGCGCAGGGGGCGGAGUGAAGCACAGUCGUUCGCCCAGGCUUCGGGCCGGCUUCCGGAGGAAGGUGGGAGUCAAUCAUUUUGACAAGUCUCCUGAAAGGAACAGCUAGCUGGAGCUGAAACCUUUUCCCGUUUGGUCUCGUGGCAAAGGCAGAGAUCACGCCAGCAGCUCCACACAACAUGACGUGCUCACUAGUGCCCUCUGAACAAUCUUCUGGUACUUCUCUCUUGCCUAAAGACAGUGCCCCAUUUUCUUGGGGUUCAUUGGAUGAGGAUGGAUUGGAUGACUCCUUGCUGGAGCUGUCUGAUGGAGAAGAUGAUGAUGGCCCUUUCAGCCUCACAGAAGAAGAGAUUCAGGAACUCCUAAGGGAUGAUGAUCUAGCAAGUGAACACUAUUCUUCGGGAGUAGGGUUGUGUAAAGAUGACAGCAGGCAUGUUGAGAAGGGCGGGAGAGGGAAUCAAAUUCUACUUGAUACUCCCCAAGAGAAAAACUCAGUGUACAGCACAGUACCAGUAGAUCAGACCCCUGGACUCUUCAGACUACCUCAGCUAACUUCCUCAGUUGGUCAUGGAUCAAUUCCUACUAAACCAUUAAACAGACACUUUGCACUAGAAAAGAAUCUUAUAAAAGUAACAGUUGCACCAUUUGAUCCAACAGUUUGUGAUGCUGUACUUGAUAAAGACAAGACUGAUUCAUCCAAAGAUAAUGAACAGCCCUCCUCCAUUGCAGAAGAAAUGAGAGAAGAUGGUCUGAGCCCAAAUGAGGGCAAACUUUGCACUGAGUCUGAAGGGAUCAGCUCCAAUAAUUCUGCCAGAGACAGACCACUGCUCCCUUCUUCAAACAGUAACUUUCAGCACACUGUCUCUGAUAAAAAUAUGUCUGACAUUAAGAAACCUACACCUGUAUUCUCUCAAAUCUCAGACCAUUCAGAGACUCCUAAUAUGGAGUCAUCUUGGAGAAGUGUAUCACAUAAAUCAAGUUGUGAAAUGAGGUUUCCAGUUGUUUCCAGUUCAUCAAACAAAGACCAUCUUUCUUCCACUCUGGAAAAAAAAAAGCAGGAUAUACUUGAUAAGGAUUCUGGGAAGCUGAAAGUCCACGAGAGAAGACUAGGCAAAGUCAUUCCUGUUCUGCAAGCCAAAACAAGGACUAAUGUUCUGCCAACGUUUUCACAACCAAAUCUAGAACAGCAGAAGGAAAUUUACCUCAGGAGUGUCAUUGCUCACAUAGAAGGCCCAGAGGACUCUAACCAAGGUUCUGUGGGGGAACGUAAUGCCUUGAUGGAUCAAGUUUAUCAUCUGCAGAACCAAAAAUGGCAGCAUCCUUCAGACCUCACCAAGCGAAACUAUGCCCGGUUCCGACAGGACCCUCUGCAGAGAUACAGCUUGACUCAGUGGGUUGAUCGGAAUGAACGAAGCCACCAUCGUUUCCAGCGUCUCACAGAUUUCUCGUGCAGUCCUUUUGUCUCAUCUCAUCAGCAGUGAAGGCCCUUAUCCAUGGUCCUGUCCAGAGCAGUGUCUGCUGUUUUGUGCUUUGUAGAUUUUGAAUUUUAUUUUCACAAGACUUUUAUUUAAAGAACUUGUCACUUUUUGGAAAAUUCUGCAAUGCUGACUUGAAAUUUUUUGUUCAAGGUCUGUGGAGUAUGUCUGUCUGUCUGUCUGUCUGUCUGUCUGUCUGUCUGUCUGUCUGUCUGUCUGUCUGUCUGUGUGUCUUGAAAGCCAACAUUAAGCUAAAACACACAGGCUGAUGCCAAACACCACUUCUCUGCAGAGGUGAAUUCUAAUUCUGGUGCCCAAAAGAAAACCACUUUUUAUUCUCCUAUAAGGAAGAGAUUCUUUAUUAGACUGUAAACCAGUUAAUUGUUGCCAAUGACUUAUACAUGGAUGUAAGUCACCUUUAACAGCCCCUCUUACUUUUUUUAUUUGAAUUUCUGAAAAGACCUGUCAGAAUUUUUAAGUUGGUAAUUGAGGACAUUUGAGGCAGGAUGGAGCAGGACAAAAAUAUUGUUGAAAAGACAAAUUUACAGUCAAAUCUUAGGUUCUUUUUUCUGUACCUAUUUAGUUGCCUUUAUUUUCACCUUUUCUCAUUCUCCACUAAACUUAUUUUCACAAGUGUUUACAAGUCUUAAUACAACCUAACUCUGACAGAAGAUUACUGAGAAACCCUUAUUGUAGUCUGUGACUGAUUUUCUUUUUUGCCUUCUUUAAGGAUUUUCCGUUUCUUCCCAGUGACCAUUAAGCUCCUUAGGGUUCCACCAGUGUAUUCCUGUUUCCUGUUAGACAUUGAUUGCCUCUUGAGAACAGCCUUUACUGAAGAGCAACCUACCCAGCAUCUUGACUCUAUCAUAGGCUAGAAAGCCAGUGCCAUUGAGGUAUCAGUUGGUCUUCACUUUUAUCUGCUGUACCCCAACUUCGAGUUGACAAGUUAGAAAGCCUCCAUCCCUGCUGUGGGAGACACUUCAGAGACAUACUCUUUUGUUUCCAUUGUUAGUUAACAACAGGUGCCUUUGGACCCUCUUUUCAUCUGGUCAAACUGCUGAUGCACAAAUUUCACAGAACUCCUGAUUAAGCCUGUGCCCAGAAAAGGUUACAGUUUGAUAUUCGAACCCAAAUUGAUAGUCUUUGUGUCGCUGUCUUAAUUGAUGUCUGAAGAGUUUGUUAUUCUCUCUUUACAUAAAGCUCUAAACAUCUCUUGGGAGAUUUUGCAGUCCAGCAUUAGUGCUGUUGUUGGACACUCUGUGAAGAUUGUACGGCUAUGUGGGCUAGCUGCCUCUGUCUGGUUUCGUUGUUUAAUUGGUCCAUCUUUGUAUGUGAGUAACCCAUCAUAGACAUCCUACCCUGCUUUAGAAACUGAUGUGGGGGAAGCUAGGUCAUUUAGGCCACCUUGGUCAUUUAGAUUCAUGUCCCUGAGUGUUUACUGUUGUUAUCCGGUCAAGGGUGCACUUGUCUUUGGACAGUUGGCUUAGAUUCUGGGACCAAAAUGCAAAAUUCUGUUCAAAGGCAAGAGUCAAAAACUAUUAUUUCAAUGAACAUAAUUGGCAUUUACUACAUCAGUCACUUCUCCGGGUUUCCAUAAAUUAGCUUGAGGGAGUAAGACAUGCAAACAUCCAUCUCUGGAGCCUUAACAUAGUAAAAAUUAAUUGUAGCUGAAACAACUAGCAUUGCAGCUGUUGAGUUCCCCACAGGUAACCCAAGGAGGGAAGAAAGAGACAGUGUUUUGCUGCGGCAAAAAUUUUAAACUGAUGUUUCUGCCUUCCUGGUGCAGGAGGAUUUAAGUCACAGUGUGCAGUGGAGCUCUGCCUUUGCCAAAUAGAGUGAGUGACGGGUUAACUAGAAAAUGUGACAAUCACAUUUCCUCUUUGCUCAAAUAAUUCUGUUUUUCCAAAGCUGUAGCAGCUUAAUUAAAUCUGUUGGACUGGGGGAGGAGAGAACUGUUCUCUAGUGGUUAACAUGGUAUUCUUUGAGAAGAAAAAACAAAGCCAAAGAAAACUCAUUAUCCGGCAUAGCUGUCUUAAAGAUGGUAGUGGGUAGAAUCUGAAGUUCUAACGUUUUUAAAACUUCAUGUCACAUUUGGUGUUGGCCUUUAAGUCUAGUACUUCAUGUGGAAUUCUUGCUGUAUUGUUUUCAGUAAGAGUUAUGUGCAUUUAAUUGCUUAGCUUAGCUUUCAUCCAUGAUGAUAUUCUCACCGCAGAGGUCUUGACAAAGCAGAGUAAAAUUGUUCUGUUUACAGGGUUUAAGAGCCUGAUGUAAACUGUAUGUAGUUUUGUAUCCAGUGCAGGCCCUGAUUUACUUGAGUUAUUGUCAGGAUCAAUUAUGAAACUGAAGUUUGGUGCCUCCUCUUUAUCAUGUUUUUUCCCUUGUAGCAGUUGUGUUUAAUGUCAUUAAAAAGAAAUAAAAGUUCUUGUCAGUGGCAUAUGUACUGUGGCCGUCUGUUGUGGGCUUUGUUGAGGGCUCCUUCCCCCCUGCGUAGGUAGCUUGGUAGUGGGGUCUGGGAGGGGGCGGCAUUUAGUGGAAUGUGGUACUGGGGAGGCGAGGGUGCGUGCUCCCUAUUCUUUUGAGGGUAAAUUACAGUGUUGAGAAAGGCGUUCCAGCAGUUAAGAAAUGUUGAAAUUGAUUGGGAUUUGCAGCUACAUAUAGUGCAUGUCAGGAUCCUGACACUGGGAGAGCCUGAAAUAUCACAGUGCUGCUGUUUUUGCAGGGGGAAGAUGGCUCAGCCUGAGCAGACUGGCACUGCCUUGCAUGCCUCCUUCCAGGGGCUGUGCGUGACCUCUGCGCCUGCCUCUAGCGCUGAGCUGAUUGAGAAGCUGAGCGCUCUGGGGUGCUGUCCACUGGAAAGGGAUCUGAGCAAUGGCACUAAUAGCACAAAACCAGUGGACGACUCCUGGAGGGUGGGGUGAAGGUUGGACGAGUGUGGGUAGGUACCAGAGAGAUACCUCCGUUCCUCAGACCCCUUUUGUGAUCCUAAGCUUCUUAGGCUUGCCCCCAGGAGCAAGGUCAAAAGAGAAGUCAGUAAUAGCUCCUUCCCCGUGUAAGCCAACACUUUACAUUUCAGCACAUGCUGAGAAAGUAAGCAGCAACGUGUUUAAAUAGGCUCUCUGUCCAGCUGUUCUGUAAGUUUUGUCUACUAUAUGUCUUGCAGUCUGGGCAAAAGGUGCAAUAUAGAUUUGCUGAACACUUGGCUAUUUGCUAUUUUU